AAGGUCGCGAGUUUUCUGGGCGUCAUAACGAAGUGCUGCAGAAAUUUCCAAGGAGCCAUUGAAUCAUCUGCUUAUAGCCUUCUCUAACCAACAAGUGGUAUCAGAGCCCAUUAUCAAGCAUUUGGGACCUAAAAUACGAUGGGAGAUAAGGAGGACUCUGGUGGAGGUGAUACUUCAGUCCAAGGAGGCAGCUCAACCCAAGAUUCUGGCAUUGCAGCGCAAAGGGGAGGCGUACAAGCCAGGGGUCACUGCUUAAGGAGGUGCUGAAGAACUUCACCAUUGAGAAGUUCUUUGGAGAUGGCUAUGAUGAUUGGGCAUGGGAAGAUGCAGCUCUACUUUCGACAAAUUGGCCUCUUGAAGCUCAUGAUUGGAACGGAGCCCAGGCCAAAGGAAAUGGCAGAGCGAGCGGACUGGGAUGAACGUUCAUCUGCUGGGUAUUAUCUACUGUCACAAAGCUUGGAGCUGAACCAGAGGCAUCACAUCAUGCAUCUGCUGCCGGAAACUGAUUGUGGGCCCAAGGCAUGGGCAGUGCUCAAGGACCUGCACGCUCCGACAUCGAUUGCCGCUUCUCUCAUGGUGGAUCGGGAGCUGUCCAUGCUGCGGUUGAGCGAGAAUGAACCUGUGCAGCCCGUACUGGACAAGAUGAGGGAACUCUACGCGAAAUUGGCGAUUGCUGGCAUCACGUACCCCGAGCAGACUAAGUGUCUCAAGAUGCUCAGCCUGCCUGCCCGAGUCUUGGCUGCAUUUAUAAGCGGACUCAGCUUGCCACAAAACCAAAGUCAAUGGACAUUGGAGUGGAUUCGCACCAAGAUUCUGGAAGAAGAUUUUCGUCGCUAUACACUGCGCGGAGGUGAUGACAGCACCAGCGGCUAUGCCAUGCAAGGGACAUGGAGGGAUCGAGGGCGUGGCAAUCGCGGUCGCUCUUACUACAACCAAGGUGGUCGCGGGACUUGGAACCAGCAGGGGCGUGGUGGCGCUGGUGCAAGAGGAAGAGGUGGUCACUCCAACAAUGACAACAGUGAACCAGCUUGAGGGGAGAGUGCUGGUAUUGCAAGGAAGAAGGGCAUCCAUGGUUUCGCUGCUCUACCAAGCCCGACUGGUGGACCCCUUGGAACCAAUCGCAAAAGGGGAAUGGAGGAAAGCAACCACAUGGAGGUGCCAACAUGGUAGCUGAUCCUGCUGAAGAAACCUCCAAGGAUGACAGAGGAAUGGGAAAUGAGGAGAGGAAUGCUUGGACCAGUUCUACCAUGUGUGUGACAAAGAUGACAGUGGCACAGCUGUUGCAAGGGCUGGAGAGGAAUUGCACCCGCUUGACAUGUGGGUCAUGGACUCUGGUGCUGCCUGGACAAUGACACCACGCAAAGACUUGCUGGAUGCUGUGCGAGCGCCUCCAAUCUCCGAAGUGCGCUCAGCAUCCGGACAUGCAGUGAAGGUCGCUGGAGUUGGUCGAGCUGCAUUCAGAGCACCUGAUGGUGGACUGGUUGUGCUGAAGGACGUGUUACUCGUACCGGGGCUGAAGGCCAAUCUGAUAUCGCUGCGCAAGCUAGGCCAGGCCGGAGUCAGCACCACCACCAAAUGGAUCCAAAACAUUCAAGGGGCUGCGAGGAGAUCGUGUGCUAUGGGAUUUACACGAAAGCAGAGAUGUCUUGAGAUCCAUGUGGCAGAUCCCUGCGCUGAUAUGGGAAUCAACAAAGAAGGAGGUGGGAGCAGUAAAGGCGGGAUCUGGAGUCCAGGGGGAGUGCAAUGCAGUUAGUGCUGCAGGAGUGAUAGUUUCUGCAAGGUUGGGGGAGACUGAUUGGGAAACCGCACACAGGCGUCUAGGGCAUGUGGCCAUGCCAUUGCUGCAGCAACUGCAUAAGGAAGAAGCAGUAAAGGGGCUGAAGCUUU